GAAGACCCCCCACCUUACCCUGUGACGCAUGCGCAGACUGACAGACCCAACAACAAGCUAUCUACUGAUGAUAUGAAACCUCGUUAGCAUUAAAAUUCUCCGGAUAACUUAAUUCAUAUGAACAAAGAUUUACUAAGAUUUCGUUGUCAUUAUACGUAUACUAUAAUCUCACUGCUGCAUUCUCAUUAUGCCGGUAAGUCGCCAGAGCAGUAAACUAGAUAAACAUGACAAGCAGGAGGCCAAUGAUAAUGUCAAAGUGGUGGUGAGAUGCCGUCCCCUCAACCAGAAAGAGAAGAUGAUGGGCCACAAACAGGCCGUCAGUGUGGACGAGAUCCGUGGGACCAUAACAGUCAACAAGCUGGAGACUCCCCAGGAGCCUCCCAAGACCUUCACAUUUGACACUGUGUUUGGACCAGACAGUAAACAGCUGGAUGUGUACAAUCUCACAGCCCGGCCCAUCAUUGACUCAGUAUUAGAGGGUUAUAAUGGCACAAUUUUUGCAUAUGGGCAAACUGGAACAGGGAAGACAUUCACCAUGGAGGGUGUGAGAGCAGUCCCAGAACUUAGAGGGAUUAUCCCAAACUCCUUUGCUCAUAUUUUUGGUCAUAUUGCCAAGGCAGAGGGUGACACCAGGUUUCUGGUUCGUGUUUCAUACCUCGAGAUUUACAAUGAGGAAGUGCGAGACUUACUGGGCAAGGACCAGAUGCAGAGGCUCGAGGUGAAAGAACGUCCGGAUGUUGGUGUCUAUAUCAAAGACCUCUCUGGUUAUGUUGUGAACAACGCUGACGACAUGGAUAGAAUUAUGACACUGGGACAUAAAAACCGAUCUGUUGGUGCCACAAACAUGAAUGAGCACAGCUCCCGUUCUCAUGCUAUCUUCACCAUCACCAUCGAGUGCAGUGAGAAGGGUGUGGAUGGAAACCAGCAUGUGCGCAUGGGAAAACUUCACUUGGUCGACCUGGCAGGUUCAGAAAGACAGGGCAAGACUGGAGCCACAGGGCAGCGUUUAAAGGAAGCAACAAAGAUCAAUCUCUCUCUCUCCACACUGGGUAAUGUCAUCUCUGCCCUGGUGGAUGGCAAGAGCACACAUGUUCCCUACAGGAACUCGAAACUAACUCGUCUGCUGCAGGAUUCGCUUGGAGGAAACUCUAAGACCAUGAUGUGUGCAAAUAUAGGCCCUGCAGACUAUAACUAUGAUGAGACCAUCAGUACGCUGCGCUACGCUAACAGGGCCAAAAAUAUCAAGAACAAAGCCAGGAUCAAUGAAGAUCCUAAGGAUGCCCUGCUGCGCCAGUUUCAGAAGGAGAUUGAGGAGUUGAAGAAGAAACUGGAGGAAGGUGAAGAGAUCUCUGGCUCAGAGGGCAGUGGAUCAGAGGAGCUGGAUGAAGGUGGUGAUGAAGGAGGGGAGGCAGGAGAGGGGCGCAGGAGAAGAAGAGGUAGGAAGAAGGUUUCCCCGGACAAGAUGGUGGAGAUGCAGGCAAAAAUUGAGGAGGAAAGAAAGGCUCUGGAGGCCAAGCUGGACAUGGAGGAGGAGGAGCGGAACAAGGCCAGAGCAGAGCUGGAGAAGAGGGAAAAGGACCUGCUUAAAGCCCAGCAGGAGCAUCAUCUUCUGCUGGAGAAAUUGUCUGCCUUAGAGAAGAAGGUGAUCGUGGGUGGGGUAGACCUCUUGGCCAAGGCUGAGGAGCAGGAGAAGCUGCUGCAGGAGUCCAACAAUGAGCUAGAAGAACGUCGCAGGAGAGCGGAGCAGCUGCGAAAGGAGCUGGAGGAGAAAGAGCAAGAACGUCUGGACAUAGAAGAGAAGUACACGAGCCUGCAGGAGGAGGCCCAAGGAAAGACUAAGAAGCUGAAGAAAGUAUGGACCAUGCUGAUGGCUGCCAAAUCAGAAAUGGCAGAUCUACAGCAAGAGCAUCACAGAGAGAUCGAGGGCCUCCUGGAGAACAUCCGCCAGCUGAGCAGAGAACUCCGGCUCCAGAUGCUAAUUAUAGACAACUUCAUUCCUCAGGAAUACCAGGAGAUGAUAGAGAAUUACGUGCACUGGAACGAAGACAUUGGAGAAUGGCAGCUGAAAUGUGUUGCAUACACGGGCAACAACAUGAGAAAACAGACCCCUGCUCCAGACAAAAAGGAAAAAGAUCCAUUUGAAGUGGAUCUGUCCCAUGUGUAUCUGGCCUACACAGAGGAGAGCAUGCGGCAGUCACUGAUGAAACUAGAGAGGCCCAGAACAUCUAAAAGUACCAAGAGUGGCCGACCUAAGACUGGACGAAGGAAAAGAUCUGCAAAGCCAGAAGCGGUGAUCGAAUCCCUCCUGCAGUGAACACAGUGCAGAGUAGAGCUACCUUUCACUGCAACUUUCAUGUUAUCUUAGGAAAAGAAAUCAUUAGUCAAAGCUGAAGAAGAUAUUGCUGAACAUAAUUUAAAAGGUCAUCUGAGUACACUGUAUAGCUGACCGGUUUUAAAAUGUGAAGGAGCUGUUUUUCGGAGAGCACCCUAUAUAGGACUAAGACCAAGAGGACCUGAUGUUUGUAUUAUUGUGUUAUACUUCUCUGAGGAUGUCCAACAUUUCAAUAUUGCUUUGGAGUGCAUUUCAGUGGCAGCAGCCUUCAUUUAAAUUAAGCUCUUUUACAUAAGCAGUGAGGCUUCCAUAACCAUAUUACACUUGCAACAUCAGAGGUUUUGAGAAUGACAACAAUCAAUGUGACUCCAGGUUUGACAGGAUGUUGUAAAUAGCGUUGCGGAUGUGAACUAGAAACUACCUUCAAAUGAAGUUUUCUGUUUUCCCUUCUUUCUGAGACACUGAUUUGUAUUAAAUGAUCCAUGAACACUAUUUUCACUUUAAUGGAUGCAGAUUUUUCUUCCGUGAGUACAAACUUUAGGCCUUAGUGUUUCUUGGAAUACAAAAAAAUCAUUAACGUGGAGAAAA